AUGGCCGGCACAUCAUCGCCUGGCACCGAAGGCCCGACCGUCGCACCUCCGCAUUUACCAUCAGGCUGGAUCGCUCAGUGGGACGGACAAAGUCGCAAAUACUAUUUCGUCGAACUCGCAACUGGCCGCUCGCAGUGGGAGGUUCCGACAAAACCUGCCCUCGUCGGAGGCGGCACGCCAAACAACGCUGUCGAUCACCCGUACGGCAUACCCGGCAGCGAAGGGAAGGGGCGCAUCAUCACCCACCCGGACGGCAGUCAAACAAUACAGCACCCGGACGGUCGCAUGGAACCUAUCCUCCCACCGGGAAUGGGUGGACCUGCUGACGGACAACGCGGAUUAUCUGACGGUGCAAGGGGAAUGGACGGACCGGCUGGAGACAGGGGCUUGGGGAGUUUCGCGCAAAGUGCGUUGAGCUCGCUAGCCGGCGGCAAGAAGCAAGAUGGUAGUUCUAACCCUCUUGGAGACCUUGCCAGCUCCCUCUUGGGCGGCAAUAAACACAGCUCCGGUGGAGGUGGGGGUGGAGGUGGAGGAGGCAAGAUAGUGAGCCAGUUGGCUUCCAGUAUCUUCUCGUCUGGGAAGGAAAAACCAUCCCAGCCGACUAAUUAUCACGGCGGCCAGACCCAGGGUCAACUUCAGGGCGGUGGUCACGCGGGCGGCCUAGCAGGACAGGUUAUGGGAGGAGUGGCUCACAUGUUUGGCGGCUCCUCGAACAGUUCGGGCCACAACAACUUUGGUUACUCCAACCCUGGCCACAGCGGUCCUUACAAUGGCCCAGAACCACCGAUUUCUUAUAUGCCGCCCUCUAAGCCCGGCAGCGGCCCCCUCUCACCUACUACUCAGUCACAAAACAGCCAUGCGCCCUCAUACGGUGGUGGUGGCGCCCCUACACAGCAUCAGUACGGAAGCCAACCACAACAGCACCACCAACCACAGCAACAUCACCAGCCGCAACAACCGCCGCACUACCCCCCUCCUCCAAACCAGUCAUAUGGACAACCGUCAUAUGGCGGAAACCCACGCUAUUGA